UGAAACAAGGAAAAAGAGGAAGAAUUCAGUACCUUUGACUGUUGGAUGCCCGGGUGUACUAACGUUAUUUCCCUACGGUCCAAGGGCUUUCAGACAGUGCAGUACAAUUUACAGCAACGCAAUGGACAGCAGCCCAGUAUUAUUAGGUAACACUGCAACUUGUUCAAACGAUUAGCUAGCGUAGUUUAGCUAACGUUAGCUAACUGCCAUUCGAAUAGGAUAGCUUACGGAAGUUUUCAGAUGCACUAUAGCACAGUGAUUUUGCCUGAUGACAUCUAAAGCAAAGGCCCAGUUGGCACCCCUGCCACGGGCAGAGAUCCUUUCAUACUGGGUGCUGUCCUUUGGCUCUCAUCUGUACUCUUUCUACCAAUUGCACAGGUUCUCCAAAGAACAUGAAGCAGGAUUACAGAGAGAGUUGCAGUUGGAAAAAGGCCUUCUCAAGGGUUUUAAAAGGGACCCAUCGGACUUUGAGUGGAGUUUCUGGACUGAAUGGGCUAAGAAGUCUUUGCUGUGGACUCUUAUUGGUCAUGGUGUGAUAUCAAGAUUGACCAGCAUCUUUUACCCCAAGUUUAGGGUGCUGGCACUCACGAUAUAUGGCCUCUUAGCAGCCAGUGGUGUGUUGGGAAUUAAAGGUGUUAGUGUGCUGGUGGUACAUCUGGGCCUGUCCUUUUCAGUGGCCCAACUGCGAAAGCCCGUUCUGUCAUGGGCCUGUAACCUGAUGCUGCUCUCCACGCUUCACAUCCAACCACUUCAAGAGAUCCAGAGAGGUUGGUAUAAGACCGAGGAGGAGUACUAUCUGCUACUCUUCAGUGUUGCUGUCUGUGGUCUACGCUUCAUCAGCUUCAGUCUGGAGCAUUGCUGGUGCCCUCUAGACCGUGGUGGAGUUGUACAGCUCUGUUGGUUGUUGUCAUACACCUUCUAUCAUCCUUUUUUCUACAAUGGACCCAUUAUCACGUACAAAGACUACAUUGAGCAGAUGCGGAGGCCUACUGAGGAGGGUGAGAGGGAUGAAUCUGCUUUUAGUUACUUGGUGCUGACAUCAGGACGGAUCAUAUUGUGGUGGUGUGUUGCAGAAUACAUGAUCCACAUAAUGUACAUGCACUCCAUCCAGUCUAAUGAGACCUACUUAGAAAUUCUUCCUCCUUGGGCCUUGGGCGGUCUGGCCCUGGCACUUGUCCAGUUCUUCUAUGUGAAGUACCUGGUACUGUUUGGCCUUCCGUCCAUGCUGGCUACUUUGGAUAAACUAGAUCCCCCAACGCUUCCUCGUUGUGUCAGCAUCAUGUACAGUUUCACAGGAAUGUGGAGGCACUUUGACAAGGGCCUGUAUCGAUGGCUCAUCAGAUACAUCUAUGUGCCAUUGGGAGGUUCACAGCAUGGUCAUCUUUACAAAAUGUUAUCCACUGGCCUUGCGUUCGGAUUUGUUUGCCUCUGGCAUGGUGGCCAUGACUACUUACAGUACUGGGCCCUGAUGAAUUGGGUUGGAGUUCUGGUGGAAAAUGGACUGAAGUCUCUCUUUGCCUCAUCCUUUAUUCACUCCAUUGUUGAGCAGAAUUUCUCUGCGGCGAUGGAAAGGCGUUGCAUUGCCCUUCUCUCUGCCUUCUCCACUGCCAUGCUCAUCCUCUCUAAUCUGGUGUUCCUUGGGGGGAUACAUGUCGGCCGAAUCUUCUGGAAGCGUGUCUUCAUUCAAGGCUGGUCUAACAUGGGCCCACCUAUGCUGGCUUUCCUCUACUGCUUUGCUCAGAUUGGACUCGAAUGGACUUCCCACCCACCCUGAGUCACCUUGACUUUGUAUCGGAGUGAGAAUCCCUGCUACCGGACAACCAGAACAACCUGCUGAGUCCAGUGCCUUGGCCUCAUCAGCCAGUCUCUGUGGUAAACCUGGCUUGUAGCCACUGAACCUGUCCAAACCUGGCUGAGGUGCAGCUGAGCAGCCACUUUUCACAACCUGCAAGACUGGGCACAAUCUGUCUGUAAGCUAAGACUUAAAGGAUCAGUGUUGAUUCUUUCUAAGGAGAGUCUAAGGCAGUCUCCAGUAGCAGGCUUGGCAGUGUCAGGUUUUCUACCCAAUAAGCUUCACUGAAUCACUGUUAUUCUAAGAAACUAUAAAAUAAAAUAUGGACCCAGAAUCUGUCUUGGUUAUAUGACUCUGAUAAGGUAUUGCUCGGUGGUGCGGUAAGCUGGAGAAAUGCUAAUUUCAUAUUUACCAUCCUCCUUUAGCUCGCCACGAAAGCAGUUGUUUAUUCAGAGGUAGACAAUAGGCACAGAAGACUGAAUAGAGCAGCAGGAACCAUUAUAUCCCUUACAGAUGUAAUUUGGGUAAAGUAGAAUGUGACUAAUAUUAGUAGAUGUAUUGCUAAAAAGCUUUAGAGGAACUACACACUAGCUUUUAAUUCAACAUAGCCACGAUGGUAGAUGACAUUUAUCCUCUGGAAUGCAGAGCAAAGCUAUUUUUGAGCAGGGAUGUAAAAAAAAACAACCCACAAGCUGUACGUUUUGUUAUAUAUCACCUCGUUUCUCCAAAAUGUCACCUUAACAAUCCCUCAGUCCACGUUUGGAUUAAAACCUUGUAUUUCAAGUUUCAUGAUAAUGAAUAUCCAUCCAUGUUAUAAUGGAUAACCAUACUGUAUCUGAUGCAAUGCGUCAUUUGUGUGUAUGUCCUGAUACAUAAAGGCAAGGCCAUGUGGACGCUCGACUGCACUGUGAGUGUUUUUGGGUCUGUUGAAGGGAUUAACCUGCUCACCCAUAGAUUGAGAAACUCUUUCAACCUAUCUAAAAAUCAACUCAUAAAUCUCUUCCAGAACAGAAGACGAUUCUUCAUACAGAGAGUUUUGAAGGAGUUCUGUGAGUAUUUUUAAAUAAUAAGGCUGGUGUAAUUCUAUAUUUUUCUUAUAGCCAACAAAUCCAGUGAAAAUACCAAAACCAACAAUGUGUUAGUCCAUUUCUCAAUACUUUCUGACUUCCCUACACUCACUGUGACACACUGAGUUUUAAACGUUACUCAAACAGGAGGAAAUAGUGCAUUUGUUGGGGACUGUUUUCAGCCACAAAAUAAUACAUAUUUGGUGCACUAGUGAGUAUUUACAGUACCAGGACAGUGUUAUGUGAGAUCAACUCAAAAUAAAUUACAGUGCCCCUGUUCAUACUAAUGAAGGAACAUGCCAGCCAGUGUAACAGUGGCUCAUUGAUGUGUUUUUGGACAACAAUGGAGCUCUAUGGCACAGAGGAAUAUGAUAUAUCAGGCUUUGACAACGUAAUAUUCAGUUCAGUUGGUUUUGUUGUUUCAAUUAGUUCAUUUUGGUCUUUUCAUGGGAUUAGUUGACAAUAAGAUGAAUAAAGAAUAUCACCAGAGUUACCUUUUAAAAGAGGUUGAAGACAUUUGUCAAACUAUUUGAAAGCAUGAUUAUUCAACAUAUUCAAAAACAUGAAAAUCACCAGACUAUGGCGUUAAGAGUUAAACAUGGAAGUGGGAAGGAUUAAAGCUGUAAUGUUAAGUCAAUUAACCAAUUAGUCAAUCGGCAGAAAAUUAAUCAGCAGCCAUUUUAAUAAUCAAUUAUUUGUUUUACGUUAUUUUUUAAACAAAAAUUCUCUUUUCUGGUUCCAGCUUCGCAAAUGUGAGGAUUUGCUGCUUUUCUCUACUUUAUAUCUUUGUAAACUCAGUAUCUUUAGGAUUUGGACAAAACAAGACAUCUGAUGACUCUGGAAAAAUGGGAUUUUUUCACUGUAUUGUGACAUUUUAUAGACCAAACAAUCGAUUAAUCGAGAAAAUAAUUGGCAGAUUAAUUGCUAAUGAAAAUAAUCGUUAUUUGCUGCUCUGUUGAGGGUCAUCACGUUGAGGCUGUCUAUUGAAGUGCGGACAUGGAUGAUGAGUUGGAUGACCUGAUGUAAUAGGAAACAAAGGUUGUUUUUUUAACCACUGAGCCGCAGUUUAGUUUCACACCAAAAGUACAAUAUAAAUAAUUCUUGGUGAUAAGUUGCCCAUCUUAAAAGUGUUUGCAUCUGCCUGCAUCUGCUCAGAUCACAAUAAAUAAUUUACUUCGUAAUCCAGUAGGGGAUGACUAGUUUGUCACCAGUUUUUAAAAGACAAACGUUCUGCGAGGUAAUAGUAAUUCUUUAAAAAGCUUGUGUGUGCCUUUUUGUGUCUUUUGAGCUUAGAAAGUGUGAUGUGGAGAAAAACAAUCUGAUCCUCUUACUAUUCACAGUGCACAGUAAGGAAAGCAAACAGCUUCAGGGUAUGGCUUCCAAGAAGAUUAGUUGAAGAAUUAGUGAAUUUUAAUUCAAAAGGUGCCAUCGCUGAGAUUCAUCAUCACCAUAAAACUCUCACAUUGCCUUUGGUCCUCUGGUUGUUUAUUGUUGUGCCACAACAGUUGACUGUUCCCAAAGUUUGUAUGUUCUCAGUCGGUGAACUGUCUUAUCUGCAGGUCUAAUCUUUAUCUCUAUAAUAAAAGUACUGUGUAAUCUGGA